GCUCAGUCCCCGCCUCACCCGCACUCACGCUGUGCACACAGCGGAGGCCGCAGCGCCGCAGUAGCAGCGGGAGCAGCAAGAUGGCGGCGGCCGCGGUGCGGGUUGGAGCUGCAGCCGUGCGGCGGAGCAGUUUCCUGACUGGCUGUCACUUCCUCAUACGUGAGAGCCCAUGCAUUAGAACUCCGGUCCUGUGGAAGCAGCCACCUUCCAGGACGUUUUUCAGUGACAGGAGGAAGCUUCAUACUGCUCCAGUAAGACAAGCCUUCCGCCUGCGCCCCUUCCAUGUUAUUGUGGCUGCAGGUGGAGGAUACGCAGGAUACAAAAAGUAUGAGGGCUACAAGUUGGAACAGCUGGAGAAGAAGGGCAUAGAGUUGCCUGUGAAGCUCGCAAGUGAAUGGGAGGUUGCUCUGUACAAGUCAGUACCAACUCGACUGCUUUCACGAGCCUGGGGUCGUCUGAAUCAGGUGGAGCUGCCCACAUGGCUCCGGAAGCCUGUUUAUAGCCUGUACAUCUGGACGUUUGGUGUGAACAUGAAGGAGGCAGCUGUAGAAGAUUUGCAUCACUACAGAAACCUCAGUGAAUUCUUUCGCAGGAAGCUGAAGCCACAAGCACGGCCAGUUUGCUGCGUGCACAGUGUGAUUAGUCCCUCUGAUGGAAAGAUCCUUAACUUUGGACAAGUAAAGAACUGUGAAGUGGAGCAAGUAAAAGGGGUGACUUAUUCUCUGGAGUCUUUCCUGGGACCUCGCAUCAGCACAGAGGACUUGCGUUUCAGUGAGGUCCCAACUGGCAACUCAUUUCAGCAACAACUAGUCACAAAGGAAGGGAACGAGCUCUACCACUGUGUAAUCUACCUUGCACCAGGGGAUUAUCACUGCUUCCACUCACCCACUGACUGGAGGGUGUCACACCGCCGUCAUUUUCCAGGUUCUUUGAUGUCUGUGAAUCCUGGAGUUGCUCGCUGGAUCAAGGAACUGUUUUGCCACAACGAACGGGUUGUCCUUACAGGUGACUGGAAACAUGGCUUCUUCUCUUUAACAGCUGUAGGAGCAACAAACGUGGGCUCUAUCCGCAUCUACUUUGACCAGGACUUGCAUACCAACAGUCCACGUUACUCAAAAGGUUCCUACAAUGACUUCAGCUUCAUAUCCAACAACAACAAGGAGGGAAUCCCCAUGAGGAAGGGAGAACAUUUAGGGGAAUUUAACUUAGGCUCGACGAUUGUGUUAAUCUUUGAGGCACCCAAGGACUUCAAAUUCCACCUUAAAGCUGGACAGAAAAUCCGAUUUGGAGAAGCACUGGGCUCUCUCUAGGGACUCACACAGCAAAGAAGGCUUUAUAUACAAAGGGACUCUUAAUACACUGUGGAGUGUUAUACUUGACAAGCAUGUAUCACUCAGCAGGACCUGAGUGAGGAAAACAGAAGAUGUCUUUGCUGUGUUCCCGUUAGAGAAUUUGGCCUAUAUUUACAUACUGCUGCUGAAAUGCAGAAAGAGAAGAAUGAACAUAUACGUAUCAGGUACAGUUGCCUUUAAAGAUACUGACUAUGGAGGUUUCUGGCCUACCCUGUGCCUGUAGUCUUUUGUGUUCUCCCCCUCAGUGUGCCACAGGGUAACUAUGUUCAUAGAGCUUAUAAAUCUCUUUUAAGCCUUUCUAGACUGCAGGUCCAAUGGGUAAGGGUGGAAGCAGAGGUUAGCUGUAUUUAAAGGGAUGCUGGCAAGUUGAGUCAGACAUUGUACCUUAGAUAUGAAUUAUCUUUUUCAGACCUUGAAUAGUAGAUAUGUUCUUAUCUUUAUUCUAAAACACUCUUCUGAAGUUCUUACAUAAAAUGCAUGGAGAGCCAGUGGACAAGUAUGGCACCAUGCUCCAAACCAAGCAAAAUGCACAGAGUAUCUGUACAUUAAGUUACACACCCAAUUUAUUUUCCAAUGAUAGACAACUUUUCUUUUACCUGACAGUGUCCCUUUAGAAAUGCACUUUGCACUGUAUUUUAAAGCUAGAAACACUGUAUCUACAUUCCAUACGAUGAAACUGGUCAUCUUGGGAUUUUAUUUAUUAAAUUUUAGGAAACAGAUCCAUAUGUCCAAUCUCUAUUCCAUGGUUUUAUUUUGCUGUUCCAGGCCUUAAGGAUUUUGUUUGCAUAAGAAAAAGUUCACUUCUGGAAUUAAGGGUUGGAAGACAGAUGUUUCACCUCUGAGUCUAUGUAUCUUCAUUGUUGCUCUGUCAUUAAAUUCUUUAAGAAUUAGUUCCUCUAUUUAUAGAGCAGUUUCAGAUACUUCAAAACCAAAUUUUAUUGCAUGGAGUGAAAUGCCCUGUGCGAUGACAGCAUAUUAAAAUAUGGCAGAUUGUUGAAGUGAUCUUUGGCCUCUCAGCUGCCAACCUGGCUGUCCUGUAAUGGACUGGCAACUAUUUCAUCUUAGCUGAAACAUGAAAAGCCACACCUGCUCUGAUUUCUGCCCUCGUACUUAAUGAUAAGAAUGGUCUGGGGCCUGAAUGCUUUACACGGAAGCUUCAUCUUACAGUGAAACUUACUCGUUGUAACUUCACAUCAAGAAGAGUCAACAACCUAAUGCCCUGGAUCUGUUGAGCAUGGCAACAAAAUCCCUAACAGAAAGUGUGCCAAACUGGAGAAAUUCCAUUUUAAAGCAAUAUAAUGAUUGGUUUUAGAGUUUAAGUUCUUUUAAGUCAAAAUAUUUAGAACUGUUUGCUGCCCAGAACUUGCUGGAGUGGACAUGCUUACAAAACUCGCCUUUUUGAUCUCUAAAAGAUUUCUCAUAUUACUUUCUUGCUUGAGCCUUGGGUGUUUUUUUCUGCUACUUCAUGGAGCUAGGGGGCUUUGACCAGCUGUGUUUUCCUUAAGAAAUACUUACCUUUUCUGUAUGCACUGCAUAAAAUAUAAUCUUAUUGUACACGUCCAGUUUGCCAAGUCCUGUAUGCUUAGCUUGUCAUCAGGAAAGAAGGGAUGGUAAACUGUGUGUAGUGAUGUAGUCCAGCUGUGACUCAAAGAUGAUGGUGGCUGUUCAGGUGACAAGCAGGAGAAAAUUCAUUUGGCUCUGAGAGUCAGUGUUUCCUCACUUUACAUGGAGAGGAAUUUGAAAGCUUGAAGUGGCUCUCAGCCACCUGUCACGUUAAGCUUCUUGGCAUUAGUAAGUUUACUCCUGCAGCAGUGUAUUAUCACAUACAGGUUCUAGAAAUGUGCACUUUUUUAAACCACUGAGAGAAAGAAAUACUAAAGCAAACAUCAUCCCCAGGGGCUCCAGCUGUGAUUAGCCUCAACUUCAAAGACAGAUUAAUAAAUAACACCUUUGUUCCAGUGGAUGAGAGAAAAAUGACUGAAUCUCUUCCCCUGUUUUUCAGUGGGGUCAGUGGCAUCCAGCCACAGCCAAAGCAACGUUAAGCUUUAAUUUACUGCUACACAGCAGCAUCAUCAGCUGCAGUAGCUGCAGGUUAUGGACGGGCAGUAGGAGAUAAGUUACCUGAUGUUUGCUUUAAUAGAAGUCUUAAGAAGAGGGAGAGGAUUCAAUGUGCAAGUGGCUGGUUUUGUGAAGGUCUCAAUGCUGUACAAAGCUAGCUAAUUGACAAAUGUUACUUGCUAUGCAGGGGCCAGCAAUCAUCCUGGAAGUGGAAAGCAAAGUUCCCAGAGGGUACUGAUAAUGCUGUGAAUUUCUCCUGCAUGGAGAAUCCAUUGAAUUCUUCAACUGUAUCAGUAGCACGGUAUUUUUGUAUGUCAAAGUAUAUGACUUACUGACAUGAACUCAUUUAAUUGCAAACAUUUUGAAAUAAAGAGUCUUAUCUGUGUUGCUUA